AUGCGAAAAAUCUUUUAUUUGUUAUUAGACAAACCUGAUCUAAAAUUUCUCAAACAACAUUCUCAUACCCUUUUUAAUACAGAUUUCAAUUAUCUUUACAGCUAUGUUGAUAAUUAUAAUGGGAUAGAGAUUUACGUUUACGAUAUUGAAUCUCACAAAAUGACUAUAAAAUCUUAUCGUCCUAAUCAUCGCAUAUUAGAUAUAAUCCGUUGGCAAAAUUUCUUAUGGGCGUUAUACGCGCCAUUUUCAUAUGAAUUUCAAAUUAAGAAUUUGCCGCACUAAAAUUUGCGUUUUUUGAAACGCAUAUUCGAUUUUUACAUACCAAAUUCAAAAUGACAUGCAUAUGCAUGAUCAGAAAAUUUAGGCAAUAGAUAAUAGUAUAAAAAAUAUUGUAAAAAUCUCAAAAUCAAGAUUACUUAUCUCGGGGAUAAUAGCAGAAUACUCUAAAGGAUUUACAAUGGAUUUAGGUAGCAAAAAUUUAAGACAAAUUUUUCAAAGCAAAGCUCAAACUGGUUCUUUUCAUGAGCUCAAUAAAUUUUUUUGUUAUGAAAAUUAUUUGCUUGUAUUUGGAUGCAAAGGUAUUCAGAAUUGUAUGAAAAUGAACUUAAAUAAAAGACUAUUUGUAAUAAAUUUAAUAAAAUCUGCUUAAGGAUUAUAGCUAUCAUUUUAAAUUUGGGAAAAUAUGUAAGUAAAUUGCUUAUGUCUGAUUUUGAUUUUAGCUAUUAUUUUAUUAUUUUUUUUUUUUUCAGGCUUGCAAAAAUGAAAAGCAUAAUUUCAAAAAAAUAUUGCAUAAAAAAAAUAAACAUUUACAGAUUUUUGAUCUAUACCUUGAAAAUAUUUGCAUGAAAUUUCGUAUUGUAG